GACAUGUUGCAAUCUGUAUUUUCGCUUUUAGCACCUGUAAUGUCUGGAGUGUGAUUCGUGGCUUCUGAAAGGUGAUGUAUUGUACAAACGUCUUUGGACGUAGCGUUUAUUACGGUCAAGUUCUAUUUGGAUGCCUGUAGGAUCCUCAUGAGGAUGGAGGAUUCUCGCUUGUACUGAGAAUAUCUUAUAGCUUGCAUAUCCUUGUUCUAAACAUAAUGUCGAACUGCCUUUACCAUUCCGAUGAUCUCUCUGUAUUGUGACGAGGAGUUCACACGAGACGACUCAUACGAUUCACGCUCAUCGGCAUACGAGUUCCUUCAAGUAGUGAAGAAUGUCAUGACGAGGUUGCCACAGAUAGAGCAAGGAGAACUAGCUACCUGGAUUGCCAAGUGUGUUGCUAUUGUGAAGGCGUAAAAGUAAUGUUAAAGUAAUAUAUGUUGCUUUGACUUGUCUUUUUUUCUUCUUUAGCCAAGAGGGCCAAGCUCCUUCACGCGAAUAAAAGUACAUAUCCUUCAUACGAGUAAACGCUUCUAGUUGCAACGACAUGAGGUUUGAUUCACCAACUAUUCUGCUUCUUGCUCAUCAG